CUUCCCUCACUCUUUGUUCGUCAACUCUCAAGCAUCGCACUGUGCUUGAGAGAGAAUUUCUCCUUCUUUUCUUUUUUGUUUCAUCCUAGAAAGAAAAAAGAGAGAAAACAAUUAGAAGAAGAGUGAAAAAACAAAAACAAAAAUGGCGGGUGAUGAACCAAAAUCAUCCGCUGUUAAAGACGACGCUGAUGAAGAUCCCUACAACCAUCCAUAUGAUGGUUUCGGGUGGUUCCAAAAUGUCAUGGACGACCCGAAUCCAAAUUUGAUGGACAUGGCCUUCACGGAAAAUACGUCUCCUUCUAUGUGUCCUCCAUUAUUACCCUUGGACGUUGACCAAACUCAGUUGUUCCACGAGCUUGAUCUUUCCAUCUCUAAUUACGAUACCAACGACGAUUUUGAUGUACUGUCUUUUUUCGACGACGGAUUUACAACAUCUUUAGAUAUGUUAGAACCAUUAAAUGAUGGUCCUAAUGAAAACGUUAACAAUGAUUCCCAAGCAGAGAUUACUUAUGAUAACAAUAACAAUGUGGGUGAAACUACUAGACUUGAAGUGAGUACUCGUGUUUUCGGUGAUCCUAAUGGUCCAAACUAUGAAAUUGGCGGUACAUCAACAAUACCUGUAGCCUCUGAUAAAGACUUCGCAUGCGACUGUUGCACAAUGCUUCGAGAACUAGUCCAUAUCAAGGAAGGGGAAAUAAUGACUACCCUCGUCAUAUACGGAGGGAUUGGUUUCAUUUGCCAUGCGUUUCUCCACACUCGACUGCUUCCUUCUGAUUCUACGGAACCGCAACCACAGAAUCAACCUGAACCUCAAAAAAUUCAUCUGAUGGAUUUAACUAUGGAGGAGGUAAAGAAGUUUAUAGAAGAUUAUUGCUCCCAGAGAUUAGCAAGCGGGUUAUCACUUGUGCAAGACACUAAUGCGGCAUUCUAUGAAGCCAUGAGUGUCAACUCCAUUUUUAACCAGUCUCCGCCUAUGUUGGCACCAUCAACAUUUACUGAAGCUCUUGAUGUUUCACUUGUUCCGCUAAAUGUUGGACUAGCGACAGAGGAACCCACCGCUGGUAUGCAGAAAAAGAAGAAGAAUCCGAAAACCCCUCUCGCUGCACAGAGAGAAAGGACAAAAAAGAUGAAGGUGCAAGAUUUAAGUAUGCAUUUUCACCUUCCGAUCGAACAAGCGGCGAAAGAAAUGAAGGUGUGUCCGACUGUUAUCAAAAAGAUCUGUCGGGAUGGAGGCUUAAAGAGGUGGCCAUAUCGUAAGCUUAACAGUCGCAUGAAAAAGAUUGAAGCAUUGAAGAGUUUGUUAUGCACGGCUAAGUCCGAGGAGGUGAAGGCUCAUGUUGAAGCUGAGAUUGAGAGGUUGCAACGUGAAAUCGAGACAAUCUGUAGUGACGCACUCAAAUAUGCGAAGUAAUUUGUUUUUUUUUGUUUUUAAAUCUAAAAAUUUGGGAUUUCGUUUCUCUCAAGAUUUUUGUCAUUUGAGAAAGAAAAAAAACGUGUUGGUAAACUUAAGUUGCCUUUGUAAUGGUAGCCAGUUGGUUGUAUAGUGACGAAUGUCACAAAUAUUUUUGAAUUAAUAUAUAAUUA